CGGCCGCGCCGCUGCCUCCCCGGGGAGGCGGGGGCUUUGGCCGCGGGGGUUUGGGAGGUGUUAGGCGUUUCGGUUUUUGUUUUCUCCCUCACCAGGAGCCACCGAUGCCGGGACGUGUGGCCCCGCUCAAGAAGCCUCGGAGUGCCACAGCUUUGCCCCUGGCCCUGAACCCCAGGAAGAGCCACGACGUGCUGGCCGUGUUGGCCGAGAGGAGCGAGGUCGUGGCGCCGGUGGGGGCGUGGGUGGAGCCGGCCUCCCCGCAGUGCCGGGAGAUCCCGGCGCACACUUCAGCAUAUAUAAUUGAAGAAGAACUAAAGGAACAACAAAGAAGGAAACAAGAAGCUUUGAAACAUUUUCAGAGACAAGUCAAAUACCGAGUAAAUCAACAAGUCAGGCUUAGAAAAAAGCAACAGCUUCAGAAGUCUUAUGAAGCAGUAGAAAAAGAAGGCUCUAUAGCCAUGCAGUCUUCAGAUCGAACUCUUAAAAGGACAAGCGUUUUUCCAAGUACUUUGAAUGCUGCUAUUGGAAGUUCUGUGUUACCUCCUUCCCAGAUGCUUGGGGAUACAGUAGAUAAUGGAGAGAAUCACAGUGAAUUAUUCCAGCAAGCCCAGGCUCUUAGUCAAACCAUGAAACAGGCACGACACCAGCUGGCAUCCUUUAAAACGACAACACCUUCUAAGAAGCCAGAAAACAUCAAGAUAAAUACAGAAACAAGAAGAGAGUUCCCCCUAAACAAUCAUCAAGAUCUUCUAACUACUGUACAUUACCAAAACUUUAUGGAUAAUCAGGGCCUUCAGGAUAUUCUGACAGAAGCUCAAGAUUGUCUUCCAGAAGCUCAAGGUGAUCUCUCAGAAACUCAGAAUUAUUCAGCAGAAAUUCAAAGUGUAAAGCUCAAAUCUCCAAGCAUCGAGCCAGAUUCUCAGGCCACUGGGCCAGAAGGAAAGGUUAUGAAAACAGAAACUGUGAGUACUGAGCUAGAAGAUGGGAAUAUUGAGAUGGUUGUCCAAGAUUUGCUCUCCAAUUGUCAUCACCAGCAUUCUAUACCCAAAGACCACUGUGUUCUCCAUGAAGACCAGAAUAUUUUACCUAAAUAUCAGGACCAGAAUUUUCUACCUAGAAAUUGUCAUAUCCUCCCCAAAAGUCAGGACCAAGACUUUCUACAAACAGACCAGGAUUUUCUACUCAAAGACCAGUGUGUUCUUCCCAAAAGCCAGAGUAUUCCAUCUAAAUAUCAGAACCAGGAUUUUCUCUCUACAGACCAGAAUAUUCUACCCAAAUGUGAAGUCCAAGAUUUUCUCCUCAAAGAUCAGAAUAUUCUACACCAAUAUCAGGAGCAUGAUUUUCAAUCUAAAAAUCAGAAAGUACGCUUUCAGGAGCCAUUCUCUGAUAGGACAGAUGAAAAAGGGAGAGAAGUCCCUUCUGUGGAUCAUCAGUACCUGCCAUCUAAAUUCAGGUUCCAGGACUUCAUAGGAGACCAGAACAUAUUUCUCCAACAACCCUCAUCUUUUAUGAGAGAGAAAAGAGAGGGGGAAGAGUUGCUUCCGGAGUAUCAUCAGUAUGUUCCACCUAAAAUCCAGGACCAAGUCUCCUAUAGAGAAGAGAGCCCAUACUUUAGGCACAAGCUGUCUGUUGGGACAGCUGAAAGACGUCAGGAGGAUUUCCCUCUGGAGGGUCAUCAGCAUCUUCCAUAUAGGCAUCAGAGAAAUACCUGCAGAAGACGACAGGUUUCUAAUGAAGAUCAGUCAGAAUUGAACACUGAAUUCCAAGUUCCACUGGCAUUUCAGUCUGGAGUAGAUCAAGAAGAAGACAAGAAAGAGCGCCAAAAGCAGUAUCUGAGAUACAGAAGACUGUUCAUGGAUAUUGAGAGAGAGCAAGUGAAGGAACAAAAAAGAGAAAGAGAACAAAAGAAAAAAAUUGAAAAAAUUAAGAAAAGGAAAGAGCAACAACGUUAUGCUGAAGAGCAGAGGAUCCUGAGAAUGAAAUGUCAUAAAGAACCACACUCUGAGGAGAUGAGUGACCUUUUAGCUCAGUUACAACUUGAAGAAAUAAAAGGAGCCAGAGAAAAACAGCAACAGAAAGAAAAAGAAUACAUCAGAUAUGUGGAAGCUUUACGAGCCCAGGUCAAGGAGAAAAUGAAGCUGUACAAUAUCACUUUACCUCCGUUAUGCUGUUGUGGUCCUGAUUUUUGGGAUGCUCAUCCUGAUACCUGUGCCAACAAUUGUAUUUUCUAUAAAAAUCACAGAGCAUAUAAUCGGGCAUUAUAUUCAGUCAUCAAUUCUGCAGAUAUCUCUGAGGGGAACUCAACUCUUCGAAGUGCCAUUCGUAAUUUUGCUUCUGCAAACAGACGGACUUUGAAAAGAAUCUCUAAUAAGAAUCAGAAGUCAGCUGAAACAUCAAGUAGUAUUUCAGCCUCCUCCUAAAUUCAUCUCUGAGAAAUUACCGAGAAAAACUAUAAAGUGUAUAAGGUGUUGUAUCUGGAAAGAAAUACUGUUGUACAUAGUAAUUAUCUUUAUAAUUAGAUAUCUGCUUUGGGACCAAGACUGAAAAUUGACUCAAACAUGUCUCUUUUUUGAUCAGACAGGUAAGGUUUCUCUUAUCUUGCUCUGAUCAGAGGACCUUAUGAGAAAUCUUUCUAAAACUGUCUUGAGCCUUGACCAUGUUGAAAAUGUCUGGCUAAAGCAAAAAAAAAAAAAAAUGAUGAAAUGGGUUUCUGAGCUUUCCCAAUUUUAUAUAACAGUUUGAAUUUGGUAUAUGUUUCCUUCUCAAAAAUUUCUCUCCUUUUUUUUUUAUUUUUUAAUUUAUUGACUCUCCCCUUUCAGUGAAGUGAACCUCAGAGUCUUUUUUUAAAUAUAUUUUUUUAAUUGUAAAAAGUCAAAUAAAUCCUCUAUCUUUUGCAUA